AUGAUGCAAAGCGUUGAACCACGGAGAGCAAACCCGCAGUUUGUGCUGACAGCUUUUAUUCUAGCAGUUCUCCUCAGAGGCGUGUCAGAAGCCAAGGCUGGCAGUAGUAGUCGUAAUACGAACUUAAUUCCUCAUGCACUCGUCCAGCCUCCUCGUAGUACUGUUCGUUCGUCCCGUGUGUUGCGGCAGCACCUGUGGUCCACUCAAGGAUCAGCGGCGCUUCGUGCGCACCCGCCGCCAGCACCUCCUGCGAAUCCCACCCCUUUACUACCAAACAGCCGAGCAUCCGCGGGGCUGCAGCCUGCUCCGCCCCUCCCGCAGCCAUCACGGCCACCGCCAGUGGGAGCCGCGGGACAUCGUGAUCCGAAUGCCGGGGCUCGCCGGCCCGGAAUCGCGCCGAUCAUAUCGAGGCUCUACUACGACAAGGAUGGUAACCACAUAUCGCAAUCCGUGACGUGGGGAGGCGAGGUGGAGGACAGAGCGUACAGCAAAGGCAAGACGCUGCUUUCAAGCCAAGUGGAGAGCCUGCUUGGGUCGGCCAUUAGCAGCCAAAAACUGCCCCACGACCCUGGUGCCGUCUAUUUCCUCCUCUCGGACCAGUUUGUCACUCAGUGCCCCUCGUCCUGCAUCCCCAGUGACAUUCGCAACAACACCUCUCUCGCCCCCACGGGCGACCCAGGCAUGGAUGGCCUCGUCUCUGUCUUCGCCCACGAGUUUGCAGAGGCCACCUCCAGUCCCUUCAUCUCCACGUGGUUCGACGGGGACGGCUAUGAGAACGCCGACAAGUGCGCCUGGAAGUGA